UGUAUCCCAAAACUUUCAAAACCGCUUGCGUGGAAGAAGCGGUGCCCAUGGGGCCAUGACUUUCUCCACCGUCUCAACCCGUUACCGUUUGUCGACCUUCUCCUUCCUCCUCCUCCCCUGACCGAAAAUAAAUACCAAAAAGAUCUGUUUGAUUCAAUGGCGGAUCGGGUAAAAGGUCCGUGGAGCCAAGAAGAAGACGAGCAGCUAAGGAGGAUGGUGGAGAAAUACGGACCGAGGAAUUGGUCGGCGAUUAGUAAAUCGAUUCCAGGUCGAUCUGGAAAAUCCUGUAGAUUACGGUGGUGUAAUCAGUUAUCUCCGGAGGUGGAGCAUCGGCCGUUUUCGCCGGAGGAAGACGAGACGAUCGUCUCCGCUCGCGCUAAGUUCGGUAACAAAUGGGCGACGAUAGCUCGUCUUCUUAACGGCCGUACGGAUAACGCCGUGAAAAACCACUGGAACUCGACGCUUAAACGGAAAUGCAGCGGAGGGAUAGAUGUUAAUUUCGCGGCGACGGCAACGGAGGAGGAUCAGGAUCGGCCGAAGAAGAGGAGAUCGAUGAGCUUAGAUUCUGCUCCUCCCGUGGAUACUGGAUUGUAUAUGAGCCCGGAGAGUCCCACCGGAUUCGACGUUAGUGACUCCAGCACUAUUCCAUCUCCGCCGUCUCCGGUUGCUGCUCAGCUUUUCAAGCCAAUGCCGAUUUCCGGCGGAUUCACGGCGCCUUCGCCGGCGGAAAUGUCUUCGUCGUCUGAGGAUCCGGCGACUUCAUUGAGUCUGUCACUGUCACUGCCUGGAGCUGACGUCAGCCAUGAGUCAAAGAACGUGAGUUCGAGCAACAACACGUUGCUGUUUCCGCGAUUUGAGAGUCAAAUGAAAAUUGAUGUAGAGGGGAGAGGAGAAGCAGUCGCCGGACGUAGAGCUGAGUUUAUGACGGUGGUGCAGGAGAUGAUAAAGGCGGAGGUGAGGAGUUACAUGGCGGAGAUGCAGAAAAAUAGCGGUGGUGGAGGAUUUGUCGUCGGAGGUUUCAGGGAUAGUGGAAUCACACCAAAGAUUGAG